ACGCCCAACGUCACAGUGGCCAUUGAAACAGCAAUGGCAGACAGAGGCUACAGCUUUUCCCUCACUACCUUCAGCCCUUCGGGGAAGUUGGUCCAGAUUGAAUAUGCUCUGGCAGCUGUUGCAGCAGGGGCUCCCUCAGUUGGGAUUAAAGCUUCAAAUGGAGUUGUUCUGGCAACAGAAAAGAAGCAGAAGUCCAUACUGUAUGAUGAACAGAGUGUCCAUAAAGUAGAGCCCAUAACCAAGCACAUCGGCAUGGUGUACAGUGGUAUGGGGCCUGACUACAGGGUUUUGGUGAGGAGGGCACGGAAGCUUGCCCAGCAGUACUUCCUGGUCUACCAAGAGCCUAUUCCUACAGGCCAGCUUGUUCAGAGGGUCGCAUCUGUCAUGCAGGAGUACACACAGUCUGGAGGUGUUCGUCCAUUUGGUGUGUCGCUGUUAAUCGCUGGCUGGGAUGAAGAUCGCCCGUACCUCUUCCAGUCUGAUCCCUCAGGUGCAUACUUUGCAUGGAAAGCCACUGCAAUGGGAAAGAACUACGUGAAUGGAAAAACCUUCCUUGAAAAAAGAUACAAUGAGGAUCUUGAAUUGGAAGACGCCAUUCACACAGCAAUUUUGACUCUCAAGGAAAGCUUUGAAGGUCAGAUGACUGAGGACAACAUUGAGGUGGGAAUCUGUAACGAGGCUGGCUUCAGGCGUCUGACUCCUGCAGAAGUCAAAGACUACUUAGCAGCUAUUGCUUAAGUUAACCUAGUUUUCCUGGAAAAUACAGUUCAAAUGUUUGAAGAAUGCACUGCUAUGAAUGGUAGUUAUGUAAUUUGUAUUUUUUUUUUUACUUGAUGGCAAAUAAACUACCAAAUUAAGUGAAAA